AUGGGUAUCGAUCUGAACGCCCACCACGUCAAGAGCGGCCACCGCAAGGCGCCURCCAGCACGAACCCUUACCGCAAGAUUCUGCACAAGCUGUACGAAUUCUUGAACCGUCGCACGGAGAGCAAGUUCAAUGCCACCGUCUUGAGGAGACUGCGUAUGUCGCGCAUCAACACCCCACCGAUGUCUCUCUCCAAGAUUGUCGCCGUCUCGGCCAACGAGCACGCCGCCAAGGUCCACGAGGGCAAGAUCCGCGCUGUCGUCGGUACCGUCACCGAUGACAACCGCCUCCUUGAGCUGCCCAAGCUCAGCAUCUGCGCGCUCAAGUUCACCGCCACUGCCCGUGCUCGCAUUGAGAAGGCCGGUGGUGAGGCCAUCACUUUCGACCAGCUCGCCCUCCGCGCACCAACUGGUGCCAACGUCAUCCUCCUCCGCGGUCCCAAGAACGCUCGUGAGGCUGUCAAGCACUUCGGCUUUGGACCCCACUCCAACAAGAAGCCAAAGAUCGAGAGCAAGGGUCGCAAGUUCGAGCGUGCGCGUGGUCGCAGACGGUCGCGUGGUUUCAAGGUUUAA